AUGCCGACUGAUAUCACUGAAAAUACUACACUAGCUACACCUAUGAGUACAACUACAGAAAAUAAUACGAAUGAAUCUUCAUCAUUAAUAAUACCAACAACAACAAGUAGUACACAAUCACCUCCUUUAUCUUCGUCUCUUCAAACAACAGUUCGACCAAAUUCUCCAAUACAAACAUUAUCCAAACAAUUAGAUAAACUACGACGUUUUCUUAGUACAUUAUAUCAUUUUGGUUCGGAUAUUUCAAAUGAAAUUGGUGAACGUGUUCGAACAUUAAUAUUAGCAUUAGUUAAUAAUGCUUUAUCUGUGGAAGAAUUUCAUGGAAAAUUACAAGCAGCAACAAAUUUUCCAUUAAGACCAUUUGCGUUACCAUUUCUAAAAUCAACAUUACCUCUUUUACAAAAAGAACUUUCACAAAUAGCUCGUCAAUCAAAACAAACAAUAAGUCAAUUUAUUGUUCAACAUGAAGAUUUAAUAUUGCUAUCACGAGAGACACUUGAAAAUGAUGUAACACAACCAAAAGAGCAAUUAAAUGAAAAUGGAAAGAGAAAAUUAGCUGACGACAGUUCAAAUGAACUUGAUGAACGACCUUAUGCAACAAAACGUUCAACAAUUAAUCAUCGUACAUAUACAAAUCCAAUACGACGAGAUAAAGAUCGUACAUUUAGUUCUUAUCUACGUGAAUAUACAGCGGAUUAUAAAGAUAUAGAUGAUGAUUGGAAGAAUGCUGAAAAUAUGCUUAAUUAUAUAUUGGAAAUGGUAACAAAAAGUAAACGAGUUUUAUUUAUGUUACAACAAAAAGAUAUUCAUCUUCGUCGUCUUAUUGAAACAAAUGAACUUGAAUGGAGGCGAAGACAUGCUGAAUUAUUAACACAAACAGAUGAUCGUAUUGCUGAAGUUCGUCGAAAAGCAGAAGAAACAGUUUUAGAAAUCAAGCGUCAAUCGAUAAUUGAUUUACAAAAAGCAGUUACACAAAGUGAACAAAAAUCGAAUGAUAUUUUACUUCGUGAACGUGAACAAUAUCAACGAUUGAAAGCACAAACAUUUGAAGAAGCAUAUGCAAUACUUAAUAGACAAGAAGAUGGACCAGAACAUUGUUGGCAUUGUGCUCGAAAAGCAAUUGAAACAUGUUCUGGUUGUAAUAUAGCACGUUAUUGUGGACAAUAUUGUCAACAUCGUGAUUGGGAAGCACAUCAAAGAUUAUGUGGACCAGAUUUAAAACGAAAAUUACAUGAUAAUCCACAAAUAUAUCGUCAUUCAAUAGCAAAACCAAUAUCUAUAAAUCAACAUAAAGAUGAUUCAUUAAUACCAACUACUCAAAAUGUAUCAUUUCCACCAAAAACAAAUAAUGACAAUGAUAAAUCCGAAUUCGAAACUGUGGUUAAAACUGAAAGUAGUUGA